UCUCUCCACUCUCAGGCUCUCCUCCCUCCUUCCUCCCCCCUCCACCCUCUGGGCCGGAUCUCGUCUCGCUGAGGCGGAGGAGGAGAAGGAGGAGGAGGACGUUCGGCCUGCGCAGUGAGAUGUUUGUCCGUCGCCGCCGCCGCCGCCAUCGCGGAGGAGCGCGAUAAAGGGAGCCGAGCCGAGCCGGGCGUGAGGGGGGACCCCGCGGAGCCACCGCGCCAGCGCAGUUCCCCAGCCAAGCCCCAGCCGCCGGAGCCUGAGCCGCCGCCGUCCCCGCCGCGGCUGCCCAGGGGCCGGCCAGCUCCUCAGCCCACCCCGGGGGCCGCACCGCCGCCCCCAGCGUCGCCCCUCGCCUGCCCGCCCGCCUUAAAUGUGACACCGGCGCCUCGGGGUGCGACCCGAAGCCGCCGCUGGGGAGGGGACGAGCACCAUGUCGAAUCUGAGCAAAGGCACGGGCAGCCGGAAGGACACCAAGAUGCGGAUCCGGGCCUUUCCGAUGACCAUGGAUGAAAAAUAUGUAAACAGCAUUUGGGACCUUCUGAAAAAUGCAAUUCAAGAAAUCCAGCGUAAGAAUAACAGUGGUCUUAGUUUUGAGGAGCUCUAUAGAAAUGCAUAUACAAUGGUUUUGCAUAAACAUGGAGAAAAGCUCUACACUGGACUAAGAGAAGUUGUUACCGAACAUCUCAUAAAUAAGGUACGAGAAGAUGUACUUAAUUCAUUGAAUAACAACUUUCUUCAAACGCUAAAUCAAGCUUGGAACGAUCAUCAAACAGCAAUGGUGAUGAUUAGAGACAUACUCAUGUAUAUGGACCGUGUAUAUGUACAACAGAAUAAUGUGGAGAAUGUCUACAAUUUGGGGUUAAUUAUUUUUCGAGAUCAAGUUGUACGUUACGGGUGUAUUAGGGAUCAUCUACGACAAACGUUACUGGAUAUGAUCGCCAGAGAGCGGAAGGGAGAAGUGGUGGACCGAGGCGCAAUAAGAAAUGCUUGCCAGAUGUUAAUGAUUUUAGGUCUUGAAGGACGAUCAGUUUAUGAAGAAGAUUUUGAGGCUCCUUUUUUGGAAAUGUCUGCAGAAUUUUUUCAGAUGGAAAGCCAGAAAUUUUUAGCAGAAAACAGUGCUUCAGUAUAUAUAAAGAAAGUAGAAGCUAGAAUUAACGAAGAAAUAGAACGGGUGAUGCACUGCCUUGACAAAUCAACCGAAGAGCCAAUUGUAAAGGUGGUUGAGAGGGAACUCAUUUCUAAGCACAUGAAAACUAUAGUAGAAAUGGAGAAUUCUGGGCUAGUACAUAUGUUGAAAAAUGGAAAGACAGAAGACCUUGCUUGCAUGUACAAGUUAUUUAGUCGUGUGCCAAAUGGUUUGAAAACGAUGUGUGAGUGUAUGAGUUCCUAUUUGAGGGAGCAAGGUAAAGCCCUUGUUUCUGAGGAAGGUGAAGGAAAGAAUCCCGUUGACUAUAUCCAGGGCUUAUUGGAUCUGAAGAGCAGGUUUGAUCGUUUCCUCCAGGAAUCGUUCAAUAAUGACCGGCUCUUUAAGCAAACUAUUGCGGGUGACUUUGAGUAUUUUCUCAACCUCAACUCCAGGUCCCCUGAAUACCUCUCAUUAUUUAUUGAUGAUAAGCUGAAAAAGGGAGUCAAAGGGCUAACAGAACAAGAAGUAGAAACAAUAUUGGAUAAGGCAAUGGUCCUCUUUAGGUUUAUGCAAGAAAAAGAUGUAUUUGAGCGUUAUUAUAAACAACACUUGGCAAGGAGACUUCUCACAAAUAAAAGUGUUUCUGAUGACUCUGAAAAAAAUAUGAUAUCUAAGUUAAAGACUGAAUGUGGAUGUCAGUUCACAUCAAAACUGGAAGGAAUGUUUAGGGAUAUGAGCAUCUCAAACACAACCAUGGAUGAGUUCAGGCAACAUCUACAGGCAACUGGGGUAUCUUUAGGUGGUGUUGAUCUCACAGUUCGGGUGCUCACAACCGGAUAUUGGCCCACUCAGUCAGCCACACCAAAGUGCAACAUCCCACCAGCACCAAGACAUGCUUUCGAGAUAUUCAGAAGGUUUUACUUAGCCAAACACAGUGGUCGACAGCUAACACUCCAGCAUCACAUGGGUUCUGCAGAUCUCAAUGCCACCUUUUAUGGACCAGUUAAAAAGGAAGAUGGAUCUGAAGUUGGUGUUGGAGGGGCACAAGUAACUGGCUCUAAUACACGGAAGCACAUACUGCAAGUCUCCACUUUCCAGAUGACCAUAUUAAUGCUCUUUAAUAAUAGAGAAAAAUACACGUUUGAGGAAAUUCAACAAGAGACCGAUAUCCCCGAAAGAGAACUCGUUCGAGCUUUGCAGUCUCUUGCCUGCGGUAAACCAACACAGCGGGUGCUUACAAAAGAGCCCAAGUCAAAGGAAAUAGAAAAUGGUCAUAUAUUCACAGUUAAUGAUCAGUUCACAUCCAAACUACACAGAGUCAAGAUUCAAACAGUUGCUGCCAAACAAGGUGAAUCUGACCCAGAAAGGAAGGAAACGAGGCAGAAAGUAGAUGACGACAGAAAACAUGAGAUAGAAGCUGCUAUAGUACGGAUAAUGAAAUCUAGAAAGAAGAUGCAGCACAAUGUGUUAGUAGCAGAGGUAACUCAGCAGUUGAAGGCUCGAUUCUUACCAAGUCCAGUUGUUAUUAAGAAACGUAUUGAAGGACUUAUUGAGAGAGAGUAUUUGGCACGAACACCUGAGGAUCGCAAAGUGUACACAUAUGUAGCAUAAAAUAACGUCCAGAAAUUUGAUUUAUUCUUGGACUGUACUCUUCGCAUGGACUGGGAAGUUCUUUUAAAUCAUUAAAUACUAAGACGACCAUCUCUUCUAUUAAAUUACAGUACAUGUUCUAGACCAUUCAGAUCAAGCCUUUACUCCCUUUGAGAGUUUUCAACAUCAAUUGAUUGAGCUUCAGGCUUUACAACAUUUAUCCCUGUAGAGAUCAUCUUUACAGUUCCUCGGGAAAAUGUGAAUGUGCCGCGUUUUGUUUUCAAUACUGUAUGAAAACAGGAAAAAAAUAAAACAAAAAUUUAGAAACUACAGCUCAUUAAAAUAAAAUUGUUGGAUUUCAUUUC